AUGGCCGCUACAGAAACAAAUCUAACUGAAAACACGCCCCUGUUGCGUGAAGAGAUUCGCACCAAUGGCACCAUAGAUCCAGAACAAGUGUCCAACGAUGCUUCGCUACCACAGGAAAAUGGAGCUCAAAAGGGCUCUUCUUCUACUUCUUCACAACUGAGGUAUGUUGUUCCUGCCAUUUCGAUAGGUGUCUUCCUGGCUGCAGCCGACCAAACAAUCAUCGUUGCAAGCUACGGAAAAAUUGGCAGUGAUCUAAAGGCCCUAAACUUAACGAGUUGGAUUGCGACUUCGUAUUUUCUCACCUUGACUUCUUUCCAGCCAUUGUAUGGCAAAUUGUGCAAUAUAUUUGGGCGUAAGGCAUGUUUACUAUUCGCCUACACUGUCUUUGGGACGGGAAGUUUGUUCUGUGGGUUGGCACAGGAUAUCAAUCAGCUUAUUGCUGCGAGGGUUUAUCAAGGAAUUGGGGGUGGAGGUAUGACGACUGUUGUCAGCAUUCUCAUAAGUGAUCUGGUGCCUUUGCGUGAUCGGGGCCUAUGGCAGGGUAUCAUCAAUAUUAUAUAUGCUACCGGCUCCGGUAUUGGUGCACCACUAGGUGGAAUAUUGGCCGACUACAUUGGCUGGCGUUGGGCAUUUAUUGUGCAAGCGCCUAUCUGUCUUCUAGCAUUCCUGUUCGUCGCGUUCUUACUGCACGUCCCCGGCCCCGACUCAGGAGACUGGAUGUCAAAGCUGAAACGCAUCGACUUCCUCGGAGCCAUGGUUCUCGUAGGAGCCGUCUUGGGUGUCUCUGUCGGUCUAGACAGAGGAAGCAACGUUUCAUGGACCAUCCCAGAAACUUACAUCUCGUUGAUCGUCUCGAUAGUCCUAUUCGUUGCUUUCCUCGUGAUUGAAAAUUAUGUUGCGUCCGAACCAUUCGCACCGGGCCACCUCAUCUUCGACCAGAAUCUACUUGCUUGUUAUGCGUGCAAUUUCUUCAGUUUUGCGGGUUUCAUGGGCACUAUUUUUUAUACCCCGCUUUACUUCCAAGCCGUGAAUGGUGUAUCAGCCAGUGUUGCUGGCGUGCGACUUCUACCACAGAUUAUACUCGGUGUCUUGGGGUCACUAGCUGCAGGCUACCUCAUGAAACGUACUGGAACGUAUUAUGGGCUUACCAUUUUCGGCUAUGCGCUUCUGCUAGCUGGAUCGCUUGUUCUCUUCCUGUUUUCGGGAGCUAUUGCCGAUGCAUAUGAGGGGAUGAUUGUGGGAGCAAUGAUCUCUGCUUUUGGGAAUGGAAUUGGUGUCACCACGACACUGAUCGGACUUAUUUCAAACGCAUCCUCAGAAGACCAAGCAGUCGUAACGGCCUGCUCAUACCUCUUCCGCUCCCUCGGCAGCGUUCUCGGUCUCUCCCUCGCAUCCACCGUUGAACAGCAGCUCCUGCGUGACAAACUGCAACUUCUCCUCCACGGUAGCAAAGAUAUCGAUCGCAUCGUGGACGGCGUGCGGCAAUCUCUCGACUUUAUCAAGACUUUACCCAUUGACGUACAAGCCGUUGUCCGCAGAGCUUAUGGUUGGUCUACGAACAUUACUUUCGCUGUUCAGAUGGGUAUCACGCUUUUGGCACUUGUCAGUGCGUUUUUCAUCAAGGAGACGAAGCUUUGA